UGUUGUUGUUUUUUUCUGGUUCAUCUUUCCAACCAAAUGUUUCAAUUAUUUUCUUAAUUGUAAUUUAAUUGCAAUUUUUUAAUUUCUUUUCUCGUUAAUUAACUUUUUCUUUUUCCUUUUUCAUACAAAGAAUAUAAUUUAAUUAUGUCAGAUCGAAGAGCUGAACUAGAGAAGAAGAGACAACGUUUAGCUCAGUUACAAGCAGAAAAGGAGAGACGUCAAAGGGAAAAAGAAGCUGCUCUUGCUGAGCAAGCUAGUGCCAAUGUUGCAUCUUCAGGGAAAAAAACUGGAGAUCUCAGGCGAGAAGAGGCUAAUGUCAUAUUUGCCGAGCUUGGAAUUGAUCCUGUUGGUGAUAUUACACAAUUAGUGACAAGUCAACCAGCAAUCGAAGUGACCAAUGAAGUUAUUACCUUAGAACAUCCAGUGGAAGAGCCAAAAAAGAAGACGAUCAAUUUAACAUUGGUUAAUAUCAAUGAGAUUAACAUUCCUCCCAAAGAAAGUGUAACUUACAAUAAACAAACACAGACAGCGGAUUCAGGAAGAGAUGGAUUUCCUUACCGUUCACCAGGUGAUGGACCUUCCAAAAAGAAAGCACAUCCUGUGGACUACUAUGUUAUUCACUGGGACGAAGAGACCGAUUCCGUCGAUUUUUUAGAAUGGGAAGAUGAAUUCCAAGUGCUCACCUAUGAUGACAAAUACGCUCACGAUGAGGAGGAUGCUGAAGGAUCGUCACUGCAAUACGGGAAUUCGACCAUUUUUCCAAAAGUAUCUCGUCAAGUUUCAACCGGAGGAAGUGGAUUACCGAAUGUUGGAAUGGUUGAACCUGCCAAGACUCCAUUGGAACGUGAAACUCGAGAAGAAAUAAAGGAACCCGUUAAAGAGAAAAAAGAAUUAACCGAGGAAAGGAAACUUCAAAUAAUGAAUAGUCCAGAAUUUCUCAAAUUUUUUGACCGUGCAACUAGAAUAGUUGAAAAAGCGCUAUUUUGGAACGAGUCACCCGACAUAUUCAUCGAUUAUACCGGAGCAAAAGAGGAUAUGGAAAGUGAGGAUCAAUCGGGUGCUAGUCUUACAUUCAAUAAAUGUUUCUACGAUGAAAGAUGGUCCAAAAAUCGUACAGUUACUUGUUUCGAUUGGUCAGCUCAGUUUCCUGAACUAUUGGCCGUUUCAUACAACAACAAUGAAGACUCUCCAACAGAACCUGAUGGUGUUUGCCUUAUCUGGAACAUGAAAUUCCGUAAAACUACACCUGAAUAUGUACUUCAUUGUCAAUCGCCUUUAAUGUCAGUUUGUUUUGCUAAAUUUCAUCCUAAUCUGAUUGUCGGUGGAACUUAUUCUGGUCAAAUUGUACUUUGGGAUAAUCGAGUUAACAAACGAACACCAAUCCAACGAAGUCCACUUUCAGCAUCAGCUCACACUCAUCCUAUUUAUUGUAUUCAAGUUGUUGGCACACAAAAUGCUCAUAAUUUGAUUACCGUUUCAACCGAUGGUAAACUUUGUUCAUGGAGUUUAGAUAUGCUUUCAUCACCUCAAGACACCAUGGAAUUGAGUCAACAAAAACAAGCCAAACCGGUCGCUGUAACAUCAAUUUCAUUCCCUUACGGUGAUUAUAAUAAUUUUAUUCUCGGCAGUGAAGAAGGUGCCGUUUACACCGCAUGUCGACACGGGUCAAAAGCUGGAAUUCUUGACAUUUACGAAGGUCACCAAGGUCCAGUAACAAAUGUCGACUGUCAUUCUGUAAAUACUCAAAUUGACUUUUCCCAUCUAUAUUUGACAUCGUCAAUUGAUUGGACAGUUAAACUUUGGAGUAUGAAAGAUAAAACUGGUAAACCAUUAUACUCCUUUGAAGAUAAUUGUGAUUAUGUUUACGAUGUUCGAUGGUCACCCGUUCAUCCCGCUCUAUUUGCCACCGUUGACGGAAUGGGACGAAUCGAUGUUUGGAAUCUCAAUAAUGACACUGAACUUCCAACAGCGACAGUCGCUCUCGAUGGUAGUCCAGCACUUAAUCGAGUAAUGUGGACACCAUCGGGUAAUCAAUUAGCAAUCGGCGAUGACAAUGGAAAAGUUUACAUUUAUGAUGUUGGAGAGCAACUUGCUUAUCCAAAAGGUGAUGAAUCAACUAAAUUGAUGCUGACAUUGCAAGAAUUAAAAAUGAAUAAAGUAGAACCCGAUGUUACCGAAAUCAGCAGUGAUGCCGCUUAUUCAAGCAUGUCUUCAACUCUAUCACCUUUUUCAAGUCAAUCACUACGUUGAUUACAGUUUUAAUUACAAUCAAAUUGGUUACUAUUUAUCAAAAAUUAUGAUGGACCAAAGUGGUUUUCUUUGUAAAUUUACAAAAAUGAAGCAAAUCCAACGGAUUUAAAUUUAUAAAGUAUCGAUUUUUUUAUCCCGUAAUCAUACAUGUGAAAUAAAUUCAAUAUUAUUCAGAAAUCGUAACAAUUAACAACAGAAUAUAAAAGUAACAAUUGUCACACUUGAAACCGUGAACUUGAUUAAGUUUAUAUUGAGAUUAAUUAAUUGUUUCUGAAUGAAAUUGUUACGCUAUUUUUUACUCAGUUUUAAUUAUAACUGAAAACAAAAACAAAAGCUAAAUUUGAUUAUUGUUUACAACAAUUUACUAAUUUAGAAACAGUGAUUACCCUAUUCUCUUACUAACAUUGGCAAACAAUUAAGCCGAAAGUUUUAUAAUUGACUUGAUCUCUCUUUUUUUGAUCCAGUUAAUUAACUUUUCCACUUUCUACUUAAUUUUAAUUAACUGUUGGUUAACUUUGUUGCAAAAUGAUUAACAUAAUGAUCACUUUUAUUAUGAAACUUUUCAAUGUAAAUUAACUAAUUUAGUAAUUUGAAUGUGAUCCAUUUGGCAACAAUUUACACAACAAACAGUAAUCAUCAUCAUCACUUUAAUUGCUACAAUUUGAUGUUAAUUAACAUAGUCAAGUGGCAAUUUAAUCAAUUGAAUCUAAAAAUUUCUUGCAACUUUCAAUCAAGAUUCACUUUGAUUUAGUUAACUAUAAUUGACGAUUAUUAGUAAUAUACGCAAUUGAUUAACUUGAAUAUUACUUAUCAACAAUUAAAAAUUGAGAUCAGUUAAUAAGAUUAAAUUGUCAAAUAUCUUAAUGUUAAUUGUUUGACAAAUAAUUUAAACUUUAAAGUUUUUUAAUUCAUUUGAAAAUGAACAACAGAUUAAUUUAAUUGAAACUGACUAAUUAGAGGGUUUUCCAGUUGAAACAAUUUAAAAAUCCGUGUGAUUGUUUAAUUGUUAUGUUGAUUUUUACAAUAGUUGAGUAGUUUGUUGAUCACAAUUUACUGAUUCUUGUUUGUAAACAACAGUUUGACAGUUUUUUGGCUCUGGUAAUAAAAGUCAAUCUAAAAAUAAAUCACUUCUUUUCCGAGUAACUUUAAUUUAGUUAACUUGAUUGUGAUAUAAAAUCCGCUGGUUUAAAUUUAACAAUCAACACAAAACCUUUUCCUUUCAACAGAGUAACAAUCACAACACAAUCUAAAUUGUAAUCAGUGAAAAAAAAAAGUUCAAUUCAACUCGUUGAUUUUGUCGAUUCUUAAUUGGGUGAUAAUCCACAACAAUCAAUACAAUCAUGGGAUUAAUAACAAUCUAUUCAACAUGCGAUAAUAUUUGUGUGAAGAUAAUCAUUAAUCAUGAUGAUGCUUCAAGUGAAAUAAUCAAGUAUCUUGACGAGAGCGGAAUCAAAUUUGACAACGAAAUUGGUACAAAUUUCGAGAGCAAAAGUGACCGAGCAUUGAAAAAUCGUGAAGAAACAACCAGUAGCUUUGGCGGAAGUGACAUAACAAUUAAAUUCACCACCGGAUGUAAAGUAGCAGCUCUUUCAUUAGUUAAUCACCUUCGACGGGAAUUUGGCUGCAAUUUAUCAGCAGUAACCGGAUUAGCCGAUGGUGGAAUCCUUUAUAUCCUUAAUCAUGCCACCCAAUGGAGAGCCUCAAUCCCCUUCCUGUCCACCGAGUAAACACUCAAACUGACCAUUGAACAAUUAACAAAGUGUUUAAAUUGACCAAUAAAGUUUAAUCACUUUUCAAGAAUCAUAAGGAUGAUUAUAAAAAGUUUUCAUUUCUCCUCAAUCUUAUUACCAAACAAAUCUAAUGGUAAUUACGAUUACAAUCAACUAAUAACUAAAUUAAGUAAAAUAAAACUGAUUUUUUGUACGAGCGGGCAAAUCGAAAGGGUUAAAAUCAGAAAGUGAUUUCGAUUAAAAAAAAGAACUAAACUUAUCCUAAUCCUCUAGAUAGUCAGAAAUUAAAUUAAAAAUAUUGAUUGCAAUUAUUAAAACUUGGAACUUAUUUGAUUAAAUUUAAUUGAGAAAAAAAGUUAUUCUAAUUAAAAGAAUGGGAUCUAGUUGCAAUUUGGAAGAUGGAGCCACGGUCUAUGGGAAUUUUACAUAGAACAGUAAUUGAACUUUUCUACUCCACCUGAUUAAGGAAAUAAUCCAGACCAAGAAUUAGGAUUAACUCACUAAUCCAUCGGUUUUAAAUUGUUGUUAUCGCUUCAAUUUCUUAAUUUGAUCGAGUUCAAUACUUAAUUUCAAUCGUUUGAACUAAUAGUUUUCUAUUUUCUUUUGUGCCAAUGUCAAGAGUAGGAAAAGUCAAAGAUGAAGGGUCAACAUCAAAGGAAACACCCAUGGAAAUUCAUGAAGAUUCAUGUCCAGAUCUUGAAACUUUGAUCCCUGCUAAAAUCUGCAGAAUAGCGGAGAGAGAUGGGACUCCCAAGUUUUUAGUAAAAGUCGAUCCACUUUGCAUGUAUGUAAGGCCCGAUCAGAUCAGAACUAAGGAAGAAUUACUAGAAGCCGAACGGAAACGCUAUCCCAGAGGUUCGUACGAAUACAAGUGUCCCUAUUGUGACCUCCAAUAUCGAGUAUUGAAAAAGUAUAAACACUCGCUAGUAGGAAUAGAUGGAAUUUGGUUACCACCCACUUGUCCUGUUCGUAGAUAUUAACUUGGCGAAAUCGCAAAGUGUAUGACCAAAGGCCACACGAGAACCUGUAAGAAUCUCUUGGGCCGAAUCGUUCAAUGACUUAUCGACACAAUCAGCUGACUGGGGAAUCCUUUAUAUCCUAAAUAAUCAUGACACACGACGGUGAACUUCAAUCACCUUCCUGUCCACUGAGCAAAAUUGACCAUUAAAGUUGAUCACUUUUCUACUAAUAA